GCAGUGUGGCUGAGCAAUUAAACCGAAUGUUCAACUCUAUUUGAGCUCUGCCCGCGUCGGUUUGAGCUUUAUUAUCAUUAUUUUUUUGGACUGAGGCAAUCGGUCGUGCGCGGCCUGGGAGUUUUUUUUUCCAGUUUUGCUCAACCGGGUAACGAAUAAUUUUCAAAGGUCAACUAUGAGCAACUGUUUCGAUACAUAUCUGUACCAACACUCUAGACUGUAUCGGUUGCACAUCGCUAUAAAAUACCCAAACACAUACAAAAAUGGUCAAGUUAACUCAAAUUGAUGACGAAACUGUCGAACAAACCUUCGUCAAUGAACCAAAGGUUGAAGCCGUCAACAAUGACGACUUCUCCGACACCGACGAGUCCGCCUCCGAGGACGAAGACGACUUUGACUUCGAAUCUGAGACCUUAUACGACAGAAUUGUCGCUUUGAAGGACAUUGUUCCACCAAAGCAGAGAGCCACUGUGGCCUCUAUCGUCGGCUCGGUCAGCUCCACUGUCUCUUGGACCGCCUCCAAGUCUGGUAACUUCUUGUGGGUUGUCGCCACCUCCGGGUUGUUGUUGGGCUUGCCAUGUGCCUUGUCCGCCUUAGCUGAGAAGCAGUUGAUGGAAAUGGAAAAGGAUAUGACCUUGCAGCAAAAUGCCAACGAUAUCUUGGCUCCAGGUUCCGAAACCGCUUUCCAGGCUCCAGGUACUGCCUAAGCGUGAACCUGUUUCAAAUGUUAUGACCCUCCCGCCAGACGCAAGCGACAAUGUCCCCUGUGGUCUGUAGCUAUCCUUAUUUCUGAAGCUG